GUCAGGCGCUGUGACAGCUUCACAUCUGUUGGAUUAGCCUCGCUACAGCAGGAAACGGUGCAUCCUGAAUGUUGUAGCAUAGCUGUGAAGCCUCCUGCUCUCUUAUUUCAGCUUCCUCUCGACUGAGGCGUAGUUUAUACAGACACAUUUGCUGCAUAUUCUUGCUUAGCAGCACCACCUCGUCCAGUUUUCCAGCCUUAGAUGGAUACAUACCUUUGGCUGUAGAGGACUGUUGGGCUGUCCGGUGAAGCAAACCCGCCAUGCGUGAAUACAAGCUCGUGGUGUUAGGCUCUGGAGGUGUGGGCAAGUCCGCUCUGACAGUUCAGUUUGUACAGGGAAUCUUUGUGGAAAAGUAUGACCCUACAAUAGAAGACUCGUACAGAAAGCAAGUGGAGGUAGAUGGGCAGCAAUGUAUGCUUGAAAUUCUCGACACAGCAGGCACAGAGCAGUUCACGGCGAUGAGGGACCUGUACAUGAAGAACGGCCAAGGCUUCGCCCUGGUAUACUCCAUCACAGCACAGUCCACCUUCAACGACCUGCAGGACCUGAGAGAACAGAUUCUACGAGUAAAGGACACAGAGGAUGUGCCGAUGAUCUUGGUGGGGAACAAGUGCGACUUGGAGGAUGAGCGUGUGGUGGGGAAGGAGCAGGGCCAGAACCUGGCCAGACAGUGGAACCACUGUGCCUUUUUAGAGUCCUCUGCUAAGUCAAAGAUCAACGUGCUCGAUAUCUUCUAUGACCUGGUCAGACAGAUAAAUAGGAAAACGCCAGUGGAAAAGAAGAAGGCGAAAAAGAAAUCCAACUGUGUCCUGCUUUAAAAGACCCCCUCCAGCCCCUGCAGCAGCUCUGAGCCAGAAAUGCUGUAAUGAAGAACUGUUGCUCUGAUUGGAACGUGCCAGCAUUCCAACAGCCCACCCCCCCCUCCAUCCCACUCCACCCCCCCCACCCCCCCCCCCCCCCCCCCCCCCUCCCCCUCCAUCAGCCAUACACGGUGAAUCAGCUGAACUGCUCCUAUCAAAGACGAGGAUGACCUGCACCAGCGAGAGAAAGAGAGAGAUGGAAAAGACAGUAAGAGAGAGAAGACCGUUCUCUCUCCUCCGAGGACCUUCCUCUGUGUCUCAGUGUCAGUGUGAACCCAGAACGGACAGUCUCCAUUUUCUGCACCAACAAACGCCACAAACUUAUGAUGAUAAAAGCCUCUGAAAGUUUAAAAAAAAAGUGUCCAUGAGCCGCCUACAUGGCCAAAGAGCAGCCCCCCCCCUCCCCCCUCGUUUUCAUUUUGGGACGGUUAAACAAAAAGAUAAUAACAGCGAUGAAAAGAAGGAAAACAAAGUUAGAACUUCAGUAUUUUUUUCAUCUUUUUCAAUAUCAAUAUCGUAGACAUGGAAGUUGACCUCUUUUUAGUUGUACGAUUUAUAAAUAUUCAAAAACGAGCAUGGAAGAAAAUGCGUGAGUUAUUAAGUGUAGAUGUUUUGAAGUGAAAUCAAGUGGAAAAGUGCAAAUUUCUUUUAUAGCCAUACACCUAUUCUCCAUGCCUGUCAUGUCAGUGAUGAUAGAUCAAGGUCUAUAAUAUGUAUUAUUAUUUUUAUUAUAUAUUUUUUUCUUUGUUCGCCCUGUUGUUCAUGGACUUCUCUUCAGCAAAUAUCUCUCUCUGAUGUGACUUAAUUUUAUACUCCGUCACUGGGAUGUCAUAGCUCCCAUAAUAUAUUCUAAUGCCAUUUUUUGCAUAAUAAUGCUUCAGAAAAAAAUGGGUCUUUUAUAGAAGAAAUAUGGGGAAAAUAAGGAUUGAUUUCUAUGUCUCUUGAAGCUGAAAUAUAUUAUACUAAACCAACUCUAAUAAUGCUUCGUGUUUUUCUGUCAAUGAUGUUCCAGCUUUUAUGGAUUAUUAAAGUACAUUUUAGUACAUUUUCAUUAUAUUGGUCAAUGUAUUUUGUGAAUUAAACUUUUAUCCAAA